AUGGCCGAAACAAAUCGAUCCUUUGUUCUACGCGCUGUGAAAGAUGUAGUCCUUGAAGACCGACCUGUCCCAAAUUCGAAGGACCCAUGGGACGUCCGAGUGCACGUCGCGCAGACUGGUAUCUGUGGGAGCGAUGUACAUUACUGGCAGCGAGGACGGAUCGGAGAUUUCAUUAUGAAUUCACCAAUCGUUCUUGGUCAUGAAAGCUCAGGCACUGUAGUUGGGGUUGGAUCAGCAGCCAAGAACCUCAAAGUUGGCGACCGAGUAGCCAUCGAGCCCGGCGUUCCAUGCCGACACUGUGACUAUUGUCGAGCCGGCUCAUAUAACCUCUGUCCCGAUACCGUAUUCGCUGCAACCCCUCCACACGAUGGUACUCUUUCGAAAUACUACACAACUCAAGCGGACUACUGCUACCCACUUCCCGACCAUAUGAACCUGGAAGAGGGGGCCCUAGUAGAGCCAGUUGCAGUAGCCGUGCAGAUCACCAAAGUCGGAAAAGUCAAGCCGAACCAAACAGUGGUAGUUUUUGGAUGUGGACCAAUCGGUUUGCUUUGUCAAGCCGUCAGCAAAGCAUACUCUGCGAAGAAAGUUAUCGGCGUUGAUAUAAGUCGAUCACGCGCGGACUUUGCACUGACUUUUGGUGCUGACGAUGUCUUUGUACCUCCGCCAAAACCCGAGGGGAGGGAUGAUAGUCUUUGGAAUGAGGAGGUGGCGAAAAUCAUGAAAGAAAGGUUUAAUCUUGGAGAAGGACCUGAUGUGGUUCUGGAAGCUACUGGCGCUCAAGCCUGUAUUCAGACAGGUAUUCACCUGACCAAGAAAGGUGGGACUUAUGUGCAGGCUGGAAUGGGGCGCGAGGAUGUUGUUUUUCCGAUCACAACAGCUUGUAUACGCGAUCACCACAUUCGAGGCUCCAUUCGCUACACUGUUGGCUGCUACCCGACCGCAGUGGAUCUAAUCGCCAGUGGCAAGAUCGAUGUCAAGCGAUUGAUCACCAACCGGUUCAAGUUUGAGCAGGCCGAAGAGGCAUUUGAGCUAGUGCGACAGGGGAAGGAAAGUGUAAUCAAAGUCAUUAUUGAGGGAGUAUCUUCGUAG